AUGUUAGCUCAACCAACAGUCAUCCUUUUCUGUUUGCUCUUCAUCCAAUCAAUCACUACCUCCCAUGGCCAUGGCCGCUACCAUGUCAGCAAACCCCCACCACAACCACCAUGCCGCCCGCCCCACCAUGACUCCUACGCUUUCUGCAAUACUUCACUCCCCCUGAAAGCCCGAGCUCAAUCCCUAAUCUCCCUCCUCACACUCGACGAGAAAAUCAGCCAGCUCUCGGACAACGCCUCCGCCGUCCCACGGCUCGGCAUCCCGCCAUACGAAUGGUGGUCGGAAUCUCUCCACGGAAUCGCCACCAAUGGCCCAGGCGUCUCCUUCAACGGCGCCGUCAGAUCCGCCACUGGAUUUCCCCAGGUCAUCCUCGCCGCCGCCGCCUUCAACCGGAGCCUGUGGUCGGCGGUGGCGGCGGCGAUUUCCGUUGAGGCGAAGGCGAUGCAUAAUUCGGGGCAGGCCGGGCUGACGUUCUGGGCGCCGAACAUUAAUGUUUUCAGAGACCCUAGGUGGGGGAGGGGGCAGGAGACGCCGGGGGAGGAUCCCAUGAUGGCUUCCGAUUUCGCGGUGGAGUAUGUUAGGGCGUUUCAGGGUGAGUACCGUAGGGUUGGUUCGUGGAAGGAGAGACAUGGAUAUGGAUUGCAGAGAAGAGUGUUAGGAGAUGCUGCUGUUGCUGUUGCUGCUGCUGAUGAUGAUGAUAAUGAUGAUAGUGAUGAUGAUCAUGAAAAAGAUGAUGAUAGGUUGAUGCUAUCUGCUUGCUGCAAGCAUUUCACUGCGUAUGAUUUGGAGAAAUGGGGGCAGUUCACUAGAUAUAACUUCAAUGCUGUGGUCACAGAUCAGGAUAUGGCAGACACAUAUCAAGCACCUUUCAAGAGUUGCAUCCAGCAGGGUAAUGCCAGCUGCUUGAUGUGCUCAUACAAUGCUGUGAAUGGGAUACCAGCAUGCACCAAUCGCGAGCUCUUACAAAAAGCUCGAACUGAAUGGAAUUUCAAAGGUUACAUAACUUCGGACUGUGAUGCUGUUGCCACAAUUUAUGAAGACCAAAAGUAUACAAAAACUCCGGAAGACGCUGUUGCAGCCGCCAUUAAAGCAGGGACUGACAUAAACUGCGGAACGUAUAUGUUGCGUCACAUGAAGUCUGCAGUUGAGCAGGGGAAAGUGUUGGAGGCGGAUAUUGAUCGAGCAUUGCUAAAUCUUUUCACUGUGCAGCUUCGGCUUGGGCUCUUUGAUGAUGUGCAUGGAAGUAAUCCGUUCAGAAAUUUGGGACCUCAAGACGUGUGCACUAAACAACAUAGAAACUUGGCUCUUGAAGCUGCAAGGCAGGGUAUUGUGCUUCUGAAAAAUGAGCAGAAACUUUUGCCUUUAGAUACACAUUUUGACUCGUCACUUGCCAUUAUUGGUCCUCUGUCUAAUUCAACUGAUAUGGGAGGUGGCUAUACAGGAGUUCCAUGCAACCCAAUAAGCAUCUUCCAAGGACUUAAAGAAUAUGUCAAUAAUGUCCAUCAUGCUACGGGUUGCCAGGACGUAUCUUGCAAUUCAACUGUUCAUUUUGCGCAAGCUAUUUCUGUAGCCAAACAAGCAGACUAUGUGGUUGUGGUUGUUGGUUUGGAUUUAUCUCAAGAAAGAGAGGAUCACGACAGAUACAGCCUUCUUUUACCUGGCCAUCAGAAGGAACUCGUUACUGCUUUAGCUUCUGUGAGUAAAAAACCAUUGAUAUUAGUUCUUACGGGGGGUGGCCCACUCGAUGUAUCGUUCGCUGCUGGGGACCCACGUAUUGGCAGCAUUCUCUGGAUCGGUUAUCCUGGGGAGACUGCUGGUACAGCCCUUGCAGAAAUCAUUUCAGGACAAUAUAAUCCAGGUGGAAGACUACCCAUGACUUGGUACCCCGAAUCGUUCACGAGCGUGCCCAUGAGUGACAUGAACAUGCGACCCAACCCUACCCGCAACUAUCCAGGAAGGACUUACCGGUUUUACACUGGAGACACGAUAUAUAAUUUUGGAUACGGGCUAAGUUACACGAGCUUCACAUACAAACUUCUAUCAGCACCCAAAAAAUUGAGUCUUAAUUAUUCUAGACGCCGGAGAGACAUGCUGUAUUAUAAAAGAGGCAAAACCCGUGAUUAUAUCUAUAUUGAUGAGGUCCCAAAUUGCAGUUCAUUGCGAUUUCAAGUGCAGAUUGGGGUGACGAACAAUGAGGACGUCCAUGGGAAUGAGGUGGUGCUAUUAUUUUCAAAAGCAGUUAUGAAACUCGAAGGCUCUCCUGAAAAGCAGCUAAUCGGGUUUGAGCGUAUCCAAUUAUUGCCUUAUGAAGCUGUUGAAACUACGCUUGUAGUUGACCCGUGCCAACAUUUUAGCUUUGCAGACGAGCUCGGGAAUAUGGUACUGCCUACAGGUGAUCACAUUCUGAUGUCGGGAGGUUUAGAGCAUAUUAUUUCGGUUAACGUGUGA